CACGUUGGCCUGGCGACGUUGAUAUGCGGAGGGAGUAACGAAGCACGAGAAGGGUGCAGGUGCGAUAGAGCUGUGUUUCUGAAGUGAUAAAAGAUAUCGACAUAGUGAGGUAAAGUGUAAACUAUUAAAAAGUUGUCAUCAUGGCGCGCAACCCGUACGCCAAUACCCAGAUGCAAAAUUUCUGGAAGGAAUCUGUAGAAAAAGAAGCCACAGCUCGAUUAAUGUCCUUCGCUAAGAUGCGUGGUCAGUCUCGUAGCAAGCCACGCCAGCUAGAGGUGUUUAGAAAGAAAAUCGAAGACAACAAACCGUCUGAUGCAUUGCUAGAACGGUUGCCACCUAUUUCAGGUGAGCCACAUUUCAACAGAAAGAAGGCAGACUUCAACGAGCCUCUCGGUCUCGACAGAGCCAUGACUUUACCCGUGGAUGCCCCUGAAAUGAGACCAGUAUCACCGGUUGUGAAGAAUACACUAUACGAUGGAUUCACAAAAGAAGGUAAAGGGCGCUAUACCUACUUGCAGCAGCGUUAUGAUAAGAUUCCAGAACAAAAGUUUGCUUUCCCAACCUGUUCUUCCUGGGACUAUGGCUGGAGACUGAGUGAUGUGAUCAAGAAGGAAGACAUCAAGAAACCAAGGUACGGCCGCAACAAAAUUGUAGAAGACACUUUUUACACCAGAAACGGAAUUAUGAGUGAUUGCAACCGAGUGUUCUAAACUGAGAACAAUAAUUAGGUCUACUUCGCGUUCCUUGAUGACUGUUUCAUAAAUGAACUGCGCGAAUAAUGGAACAGAAAUGUGUGCCGACUCUAUGGAUCUGUUGCAUGGCUGAUUCUCCUCUGAUGUGCUUGGACAUUAUAUUUGAAUGAAGAGUCCUUGUUGUGUCCCCAGUUGCAUCAUAUUGUGUUGCUUUUGUGUACCAUCUUGCUUUAUGAAUUUACAAUACUAUUUCAGCACACCAAUUUCCACCACACUCACAUAAUGUGAGAUAUUAUUAUGAAGGUUAACUAUACAUACAUGAUAUUGUGAUGCACUUCCUUCACACUUCACACACACAUACAAAAACACACAUACCUGACCCAAACAGGCUAUCAAACAUCUGACCAUACAUAGAGGCCCACCGUAUUAUCGUUGAAAAUAUAGUUGCAUGAUAGGCCCUAAGAGAAAAGCUAAAGAAUAACAAUUUUACCCAAAACGAAUUAACAAACACACAUAGCUUACACACAAAGUACAUGUAUAUGGCACUUUAUAAUUUCUCGUGUUUGUUUGUUUUGUUCACUUAUUUAUCAUUUGUGUGUUUAAUAAUGUGAUCUAUGCAUUUUCUCUUAUUGUUGUAUUGAUCUGAAUGAAUCUUUUUAAAACACCAGUAUCCUUAUGUCCUGGCUAAAUCCUGCUGAAUUAGGCCCUUCCUUGAGCCAUUGGAUGCUAUCUACAUGUGUAAUUUAAAACCAUGUUAUACUGAUCAGUUUAGUAAGGAGAGCUUGGUCAUGGUGGUUGUUUCAAAAAAAAAAGUAAGGCCUUUAAAGAAAGUCAGUAGCGUGCUUUCAUGGUGUGCCUGGGUGCGAACUAAGAGACCAAAAUUUAUCAACCAGAGAUGGGAGAGAAAUAGUUAACUUCUGAUGAAUGUGUGUAUUAUGCGUAGUAAUGCAUGUGUGUAUGCGCUUGUGUGCAUGUGUGUGUGUGUGUGUGUGUGUGUGUGUGUGUGUGUGUGUGUAUGUGAGAGAGAGAGAGAGAGAGAGAGAGAGAGAGAGAGAGAGAGAGAGGGGGGGGGGGAGGGGGGGUUGGUAAGACAAGGAAUCUAUUUAUCAGUUUACAACUGCACAAAAGAGCUCAGAACUGCAGGCUAGAUAGUAAAUGUGCGGGAUAAACUUUUGUUUUUGUGUUUCAAGACGUUUAGAAAGGAACAGACCUAAUGUUACCAGUUGUUAGAGAAAUGGAAGUGAUAAUAAUAUAAUAAUAUAUUUACAUUUUUCAUUUUGUAGAAGGCAAUCAUAAUUAUACUGCAGGGGACUUUUCAGUAUUGCUACUUUAUUGUGCAACCCUUUGUUUUCUUUGUAUUAAUGCAGACCGACUCUGCUGCUUUCUGUAUUUUAAAAUGAAGAGAUGAAAAAAUUAAUACUCUUAUUAAAAUUAGCACACGUAUCACACACUUCUAUAAUUACAUGUUCGUUAUUUGUGUUUUCAUUAUUGGUUCGCCAAAAUAUCUGUUAAAGGACGUUAUACAGCAUGGCAUUGUGAACAAUUUUUUUCUUGUAUUUUCUGCCUGAUUUUGAAAGAGCUUUGCGAUCAAGCUCUGAAACACUUUUAUUCUGUUGUUCUAUGUAGAGUAUAAUAUAAUAGAAUUUGAAAAAAAAAAAAAAGAACAACCAAAAACGUGCGGUAUUUUUGUAGAACUGGAUUCGCAAGGCCGAGCACUUCUUUAUUACAGUUUGUCAAAGAAAUAAUCCAAUGAUACUACGAUUGUGAUUAUAAGUUCAGACUUGUUCAAGUUUUGUUUGACCAUUGACUUUGCCUUUUUAUUGCUCAACUGAACUUGCGUGCUGUUUGUCUUUUCUGUAUUAUUUCAUUUAUUUUUUACAUAUUGAGAGUGUACAACUGUACUUAUAAUGAUGCUUUCUUUGUUGCCAUGUUUCUCUGAUGCCACUUGUUUUGGUUGGCAUCCUUUCAUUGGUCUGUUAUUUUUUUCUGUUAUCUUUGCAUUUGCAUGGUGGUUUAUGGGAUUAUUUCUUUUGUAUCUAAAAAUUUGAAUAUUUGAACGAUACGAUGAAUCAACCAAUGAAUACCCUACAUAAAUAUAAUGACAAAUAAGUACUGCAGGCCCUUUUCACA